GACCUCCGCCAGGGCCUGGUCGGACGGAAACGCUCCGCCGGCUUUAUUGUCGGCUCGUUAUGUGGCGGAGCCCGGCAGUGUAACGCGCCUCUCGCCCUCAGCGCCUCGGAAGCCGGCGGCGGCGUCGGGACUGCUCAGCGCGCCCAGAGGAAGGAUAUCUUGUGGAGGGUCGGUGGCUGCGCGCGGCGCUGAAGGAGGGGGCGGCCGAGGGGCUCCGCACUCACUCGCCGCUCAACUUCGAAGGCCCCGCGCGCUCCCCGCGGCCUGCCGCCCGCCCCCUUCUCCGCGCGGGACGCUGCCCGGAGCGCGGCGGGCGGGGGCGAGGACGACCCGAGCGGCCGGAGGUGGCGGCGGCUGCGCGUGCGGCAGCCCCGGAGCGAACGGACGAGCGAGCGCGAGCCGGCGGGAGGGUGAGGCCGAGCCCCGCGAGACCCGAGCGCCGCGGGCGGGGGCGGGGGCGGCGCGGCGCGGGAGCCGCGGGGAGCGAGCGCGCGGGACGCGGCCCGAGGCCGGGCGCCAGCCGGGGCAGCGGGCGGCGGCAGCGCGCGCCAUGUCGUUCAGUGAGAUGAACCGCAGGACGCUGGCGUUCCGAGGAGGCGGGUUGGUCACCGCCGGCGGCGGCGGCGGCUCCGCGAACAAUAACGCUGGCGGGGAGGCCUCCGCUUGGCCUCAGCCGCCCCAGCCGAGACAGCCCGCGCCGCCCGCGCUCCCGCAGCCCAAUGGGCGGGGGACCGACGAGGAAAUGGAAUUGGAGGGCCUGGAGCCCCAAGACGUGGAGGCCUCCGCCGAGGCCGCCGCCGCCGAGGAGACCAAGGAGUUGCUGCUCCCCCAGGACGCGGGCGGCCCCACCUCGCUGGGCGGCGGCGGCGCGGGGGGCCCUCUGCUAGCGGAAAGGAACCGUCGGACUCUGGCCUUCCGAGGAGGUGGUGGCGGGGGUCUCGGCAACAAUGGCAGCAGCCGGGGCCGGCCGGAGACCUCGGUGUGGCCCCUGAGGCAUUUCAAUGGGCGAGGGCCGGCGAAUGUGGAUUUGGAGCUGGACGCGCUGGAGGGCAAGGAGUUGUUGCAGGACGGCGCGUCCCAGAGCGACAACAGCGAGGACGAAGAGGAGGGGGCGAGCCCGGGCGACGGCAGCGGGGCAGAAGGCGGCAGCUGCGGCCACAGCAGGCGGCCGGGCGGCGAUGGCGGGGACGAGGUGGAGGGCAGCGGUGUGGGAGCCGGCGAAGGGGAGACUGUGCAGCACUUGGCGCUCGCCCGGCCCAAGACCCUAAUGCAGAAGCUCCAGUGCUCCUUCCAGACCUCCUGGCUCAAGGACUUUCCCUGGCUGCGCUAUUCCGACGAUACUGGCCUUAUGUUUUGCGGCUGGUGCCAAAAGACCCCAGAGGAUGGGGGAAACGUGGACCUUCCCCAAGUGGGACAUGAUGAGCUUUCGCGAGGGACCCGCACCUAUAAGAAAACCCUGCUCCUGAGGCACCACGUCUCUGCCGAGCACAAACUUCACGAAGCCAACGCCCAGGUAACUGCUCCAAGAUUCAUUUUUAAGGCAACAUUGGAGAGUGAAUCCAGGGCCUUAUACAAGGAAUCAGAAAUACCAGCAGAAGAGGGAUAUUGUGACUUCAAUAGUAGGCCAAAUGAGAACUCUUAUUGCUAUCAGCUUCUUCGACAACUAGAUGAACAGAGAAAGAAAGAUAUUCUUUGUGAUGUCAGCAUUGUGGUGAAUGGAAAAAUCUUUAAAGCUCACAAGAACAUCCUGGUUGCAGGCAGCCGUUUCUUUAAGACUUUAUAUUGUGUCUCAAACAAAGACAGCCCUAACCAAAAUAAUACUACCCAUUUAGAUAUUGCUUUAGUUCAAGGUUUUUCAGUCAUCUUGGACUUCUUGUAUUCUGGUAACCUGGUGCUCACUAGCCAAAAUGCCAUUGAAGUGAUGACAGUGGCCAGCUACCUUCAGAUGAGUGAAGUUGUUCAUACUUGCCGAAAUUUCAUUAGAGAUGCCUUAAAUAUAAGCAUUAAAUCAGAAGCUCCAGAGUCUGUAGUUGUGGACUAUAACAAUAGAAAAUCAAUCAAUAGAGAUGGUCUGUCUUCAUCACGGGAUCAAAAAAUUGCCAGCUUUUGGGCCACACAGAAUCUUACCAAUUUGGCAAGUAAUAUAAAAAUGGAAAAUGAUGACUCUAAUGUCGACGAGGGCCAAAUGGAAACCUUCCAAAUGAGUGACAGUAACUGGACCCAGCAUGGUUCUCCUGAAUUGGCUGAAAAUGAGUCUCCAGGUCAAGCAAAAGUAUUUAUUUGGAAUAAUAUAGGUUCCCAGGGAAUUCAAGAGACUGGCAAAACAAGGAGGAAAAACCAAACUACAAAGAGAUUUGUUUAUAAUACACCACCCAGUAAUGAAACAAAUUUGGAAGAUUCCUCAGUGAUACAGCCACCUGUUGCUCAUCCAGAAGAGAAUAAGACCCUAACCAUCAAGCAGGAACCAGAUUUGGAUGGUGCUCUAUUCUCAGGGCCAGAUGGUGUAAAUGCAAGUCUGUUGGCUGAAGCCUGGUGUGCUCAAGAUGGAGGCGACGCCGGUACUUCACAUGAUUUCAAGUAUGGUUUGAUACCUGGCCUGUCAAGUGAUUUCAAGUAUGGAUUACUACCAGGUACUUCAAAUGAUUUCAAGUAUGGAUUGCUACCAGGUGCUUCAAAUGAUUUUAAGUAUGGAUUAUUGCCAGAAUCUUGGCCAAAACAAGAAACUUGGGAAAAUGGUGAAUCAUCUGUAAUCAUGGUGAACAAAUUAAAAUGCCCUCAUUGUAGCUAUGUAGCCAAAUACAGACGAACACUAAAAAGGCACUUGCUCAUUCAUACGGGAGUGAGAUCAUUUAGCUGUGAUAUUUGUGGAAAGCUGUUUACUCGAAGAGAACAUGUAAAAAGACAUUCCUUGGUGCAUACAAAGGAUAAAAAAUACAAAUGUAUGGUGUGUAAGAAGAUCUUCAUGUUAGCAGCCAGUGUUGGAAUAAGACAUGGAUCUCGUCGCUAUGGUGUUUGUGUAGACUGUGCAGAUAAAUCACAACCUGGAGGGCAAGAAGGUGUAGAUCAGGGACAGGAUACAGAAUUCCCUCGGGAUGAAGAAUAUGAGGAAAAUGAAGUACGAGAAGCUGAUGAAGAGCUGGUUGAUGAUGGAGAAGAUCAGAAUGAUCCACCUCGAUGGGAUGAAUCAGGAGAUGUUUGUAUGCCCCUGGAUGAUUAAUUGACCUUCUAUACUCCUCAAGGAUGCUGCAUUUGGACAUAAUAUGAAUCGACAAUUUGGAUUGUUGAACUUGAAGGCUUGCAAAAUAUGGUACAUGCUGGAUGGUAGUUAUGUUGCUGUGAAAACUGUAGGGUCAAAGCCUUAUAGCAAAAAAAAAAAAAAAAAAAAAAAAAAUUUUUUUUAAUAUUUGCACAGGACUGUACAGCAAACAACCAUGUGGUUGCUUACAUGGAGUCCCCACAUAUUCAGUCAGUUAUCAAAGUAAAAUAUUUUUAUUUAUAGGAUAUACAGUAACUAUUUGGGUCCUAUGAAUAUAUAGAACCUGUCCUUAAUAGCUUACAUUCAUGUACCACUUUAACAUGAAUGAAGAAAACCCAUUUAUAGAAGUACAGUGACAGUUGACCCAAUCACUCUGUCCAUCAAACCACUCAGGCUAGUUUGUAUACUAGUAGAGUUUUAUUUCUAUUUUUAUUUUUAUUAAUUUUAUUUUUUUUUAAUACAGAUUUUUUCAGUGAGGGGCUUUUUCAACCCCAUUGGUUCUAUUUUCUUGAAUUUUUUCCAUUUUAAUUUGCUUCAUAACUUAAAAUCUCCUAGCCUUAGAUAUUAUUUCUCAAUUUUGUGCUGAUGGGCAUGUGUAUGAGAACUGGAGAGGUAAUUUAUUGGAAUGAACUAACUGACUUUCCCCAGCCCCUUUCCCUUUUUUGACAUGAAUUUUACAAAUGAAGAAUGAUGUUGCUAAGUUAAUGUGGCAAAGUUGACAAAGACCACUGAAAUGAUUAUGAUUUAGAAGUAACUUUCUCCUGCUGCUCUGAUCUGAUAAAUGGUUACUGUAUGAUGGUUUUUACAUGGUAUUUGGUUUUGGGUAUCUGUUACUUUGGCACUAUUCUUGUUUGCCUCUUAACUAUUUUUGCCAGUGUACUAUACCUCAGCCUUAUUUGAGCGACAGAAAGCAGAUUUAAAAAGUCGUAAGAACAAUAAGUAAAGUGAUUUGUUUUAUAAUUUAUCUUCCAUGUCCAGUUUGGUUAGCUUGUUAUGCAAUAUAAGUGAAAUAUCAGGUUUCUAUUCCUGUGCCCUUUUUAUCAUUAAAAUUCACACAAAAUGUGCAUUCUCUUUUGUUUCAUACUUACUGGGACUUUGAGUUUUUGAAAUUAUUGUUGAUUUAUUAAGUUAAUUUAUUUUUCCAUUCUUUAAAAUCACUACCCCUUGAUGGUCUUUCUGUAGUCACCAUGAUUUAGCGGUCUGAAAAAGUCUUACAAAUAAAUUGUCUAGAGGCUUUAUUAUUAACUAAAUUUUUCAGGGUACAAAAGGUGAUAUUGUUGGAUUUAUUUAAGUGACAAAUUAGCUGAUUGUGAAAACCUCAACAACAUUUCAUGUAUUAACAUAGACAACAUUUAUUGGGAGCAUAUUGUAUAUUAUAUAAGAUUGAGGGACAUCAUAUUUUCAUCUUUCUUUAAAUAAAAAUCAAGUAUAUUUUCCUAUUUUAUAUCAGGUAAUAAAUUAUGCUAGUUGUGUGGGGAAAAUUGCAGAUACUUUGAUCGAUGACAAUCCUUUUGGUGCUCCAUCUGGUCAAAGUUGAAAAGUUGAUUUUUUAAACAAGAUGUAUCAGUUUCUCUGAUUUCAGUAGAGUAAUGGUUUACUGUUAGGCAAUGAAGUUUCUGCUUGGCUAAAUCAAAGUAUAAAACCAGUUCUGAGGUUAGUUGUACCUUUUGUCAUUCAAAAUUUCUUAUGGUUUCUACAUAAUUAAGCCUGACAGAGAAAUAGUUUUGGGAUUUUUUUGCUUAAAACUGAAUAAGAUGUAGUCAUCUUAUUCUCAGUGUUCUAGAGAAAUGAAUAAAGUGUAAUUCUAGUGAGGUCCAAAAUAGAAAUUAGUUGGGCAAAGAUAAUAUCAAUGAAAAGGUAUUUUAAACAUAAAAUGUUCUGCUUUGUGAAUAUGUAAGUAUAGUAUAAAGAUUUCUCUCAUCCCUUUUUAUCCCCUUCCUUUAAAAUAAACCAUAGUUUACAAUUGGUAGAUCUGUCUAUAUAUAUAAAUAUAUAUUAAAGAGCAAAGAUAUAUAUCUAAAAAAACCACCUAAAUCUGCAUUAUUAGACACUUAUUGCAUAGAAACCAGACUUGGCUUUACAUUCUUUUAAUGUACUUUUACUUUUCCUCAAGGUAUAAAACUUACUCUCUUGAAACUGAAUUUUCUUUUAUUACUUAAAUCAUAUUUGUAUAUCUGGUAAAUUAUGACCAAAUUUUUGUUAGGUUUCAUACAGUAAAUCAAAAUACACACUUGGUACACUACGGGGUUGUUGUGCUUUUGUUUUGGUUUUAGUUGGAAAAAAGGUUUGAUGUAGGUGGCUUGUUACUGUUAAUUUAAAAUAUUCUAUAAUUGUCCAUUAAUUUUUAAUGUAUUGUGAUAGAUUUGGCUAUAUUUUUUAGUCGUCUGACAUAAUGAUAUUUUAAAAGCUUGUUUUUAGGUAAUCCAAAGGAAAAGAAAUGUUUAUACUCUUGAAUAUAUUAGCCUCAGCCUAUAUAAAAAUUUCUUUGAAGUAAACAUUUUACCAGAAACAGAAUUGACAGAUUUUUCUACUUGCUGACUGCCUAACUUAUUUUGUUUCAUGAUCUCAAGGGACUGCCUAUUUCCCUUCUAGAUCUUUUUUUAAAAAAUAGUUUUAGUACUAAGGUAUACUACUGGACAUUUCUAUUUUUUUAAGUAUAUUCUUUUUCUGACUUAAAGUACAACAAUUUCAGGAAGUGGAUGGAUACUAAGGACUUACUGGUCUCAGAGAGGUAUUGUUGGAAUGAGUACUCAUAGUUUUGUCUGAAACUGACAGAAUUAUGUGUUAUACAUUUGGUGAAGUGUUUUCUCUUGUAAUUUAUAUUUUAAAUGAGUAAUAUUUUAGAGCUUUUAAUUUUAAUUAAGGGAAAGUUUAUAAACUUUCACAUUUGCUCUGUAGUAACAGGCCCUUUCAUAAAGAUCAUAUUUUGUAGGAUUCUUGAGACAGUUACUUCUCAUAUGGGAAGACCUUUUUGUCAUGGUUUUUGGCUCUUUAUUUUUCUGCCUAGGUAACUUGCUAAAUUUUAGCAUCUCAAGCAAUUGAGAGCUUAUUUUAAAAAAAAAAGUAAACACUACAGGAAGGGAAACCUGGACACAGCUUUGAAAUUUUUGUUGGGGGAGGACAGUAGCAGAUUUAAAUUGAUCCUUUGUGGUGGAGAAGAUUGAACUUGAAUAAGUUAAUUGAUGAGAAAAUUCCUAGAACACUGGUACAUCCUACGUAUAACAUACAUCUUGUUUAAUAACAUGUGUGAGCCAAGAGAAAAGGUGUUAGGAAGAAAAUAGGAGAUGAAAGGAUUUGGACUUAGAUUUGUGUUAAUACAAUAUAGUAGUCCUAAAGACGACUGUAAUAGUGUAUUAUGGGGAAAAACUGAUGGAAAACCAGGGUUUUUUAAUGUUAAAAUUUUAAAACUUCAAAAGCAUUAUCUUGUAUGAUUUUCUGAACACCAUAAAAGGUUUAGAUUCACUGUUCUGAGUAGUUAUUCCAAAAAUUACAAACGCUUUUUGAGUGCCCACACUUGCCAUUGUGUUAAAUGCAUUAUUUCACCCCUCUGAGUAGGUGCUAUUGUCUUCAUUUUAUAGAUGAGGAAAGGCUCAGAGAUUCAGAAUCUUGCCUAAUUUCACACAGCUGUAAUUGAGCUGUGAUUUGGUCAGGUCUGAUUCUGAAGCCAUGCUUUUUAGGAGGUGCUCUUGCUGCCUCAUUAAAAAACUUUUUUGGUAGAAUCUUUUAAGGAGUCUGUCUAUGGAGAUUUAUACUGAGCCUAUAAAAUAACUGUGUUAGGAAUUUUGUGUCCUUCCCCCAAAGUGAACAUCCUUAUUAUUCUUCCCUGUUGAUAAAACAAUUGUUUUAUCAUUUGGACUUCAAACCCAAGGAUAGCACAUGCUAUUAGUGGGUUGCAGCAUUUUCAUUUUUAAAAGGGUGAUUUUUUAAAAACUGAAGGACUAGAUAAUGAACCCAAGUUUUUGUGCCGUUCGGUCACCCGGAUCCUUAAACUUACAUGGUACAUAAUACACACUUUUAGAACUAAAAGGCGUUUUCUUACAGUCAUUAGUAUUUAAAAUGGAAAGUGGUUUUGUUUUUCUUGCUGUAUCCCUGCUUUCAACUGAAGUUUUAAACACUUCUCAAAAUGUGUUAGGGAUAAGCACACUUUAAAAGAUGUUUUCUAGCCCCAAAUUUUAUGACAUCAGUUAAGAACAAAAUUUUGGGCUAAGGAGAGGGCUGGUGGAGGCCAUUAUGAAGUGGGAGAAUCAGCAUUUUAAACACUGUAAACAUAAAAGAACACUUUUUUUUUUCUGCCUGCUGUUUGUAAAAGCUCUCUGGGAGGAUCUUUUACGAAGACCAAUUUUUUAAAAUGUAAUUUACCUACCUAAUAUAAAUGUCCUAAGACAUGUAUGUAAACUUCCAAAACUGUUUUGUCUGUGUAUUUAGAAAAUACACAAGAAUCUUUAUCAAACCUAAAAAUAUAAACUUGUGAGCACUAAA